AAAGCAAGCAAAAAGAAGAAGAACAAGAAGAAGGGGUGUUACGGUAAAAGGAAGAGGGUGUUUUCAACUUUUGGCACCCCCCCUCGUGUGGAGAGAUGCUCGCAGCCUCCCCAGCACCGUCCCCUUGGAGACUGCACGAGCAACACGUGAUGCAUCAGCGCUUAUCAGCUUUAGGGAGCAGGACUGCUUCGGAACGCGGAGGAAAAAAACAGCCGAAAAGUGACUUUUAACGUCGGUUUGUUGAGGAACGUCGACGGAUUUCACGGUUUUCAAGCGUUUUAGGAGCAAAGCAAUGUAUCGGGGUUAGUCGACGAACUUUGCACAUCCUCUAAAAACGCCAUUUUGGGCGCUCCUCUCCGGAACGAGUUUGCAGCAGUGGGAGGUUUUUUUUUUUUUUUUUCUCUCUCUCUCUCUCCCCCCCCUUCAUUCUCUCCAAAGUCCAUCAUCUGCUUUUCACCAUCAUCACGUCGCGCAGCAGCAGGCUGGCCGGCCAGGAGCCACUCCGCCCCAUGGAGAGUGCCUUACCUGAGAAGAGGUGUGUUGAAGAUGGCAAAGCCUCUCAGCAGCAAGAGGAGCUUUCCACACCGAUGGAAGAGAAUCCGCGGGGUGAACCGGAGCAUCCCGGAGGUCCGGGGAAGGAGAACGGGACCGAGGAAGUGCGAGGAAAGGAAGGGGCUGAUCAGGAGGAAGAAGAAGACGGAGAGGAGGCUGGAGAGCCCUGUGCCAACUCUACGACGCAUACUGAAACGAACACUGGCCAAAUGAACGGGAACGCGGACACGGCUGCCUCGGACACGUCGCCCAAAACCCCGAGCAAAUCUCCGUCCGCUAAUCGCACCGGCAGGAGGAACCAGGAAAUGAAAGUUCGCUCUUCCUUCAUCUGCCCCCUUUGUGAUAAGAACUGCCAGACGCAGCAUCAUCUCACUAUGCACAUACGACAGCACAAUACAGAGAUCGGGGGGAAUGACCACUCGUGCAGCAUCUGUGGAAAGGCGCUGAGCUCGGCCAGCUCUCUGGAUCGCCACAUGCUGGUCCACAGCGGAGAGAGACCCUACAAAUGCUCGGUGUGCAACCAGACAUUCACCACCAAUGGAAACAUGCACAGGCACAUGAAAAUUCAUGACAAGGGCCCAAACGGGGUUCCAGCCUCCCGUCCCAUUUCUCCAUCGAAGCGUCGCAAGGCCCCCAAGAGGAAUCUAAGUAUAGAGGAUAAUGGAGAGAAAACCAGUGAAUCACCCAAUAAAAAGGUAUUUGUGGUUGAGGAAUCAGGGGAGCAAAACUCUGAUAAGCGUGAAGAAGACCUGUUGCACUGUCCAAUCUGCUUCAAGACAUUCAUCUGUAAAUAUGGUUUGGAGUCACACAUGGAGACACAUCCUGACACUGCUCUCAGGUGUAACCUGUGUUGUAUCACUUUCCGCACCCAUCGAGGUCUCCUCCGUCAUAAUUCCGUUAUUCAUAAGCAGCUGCCCACAGAUCCCAAUGGACGACCAUUUAUUCAGAACAACCCUUCCAUACCCCUCGGCUUCAGUGACCUGUCCUUCAUCGACUUUUCUUGCAGCAAGUUCCCCCAAAUUGCACAGGUCUGGUGCGAGACAAACUUGCGACGUUGCUCUAGCAAAUUCCACAGGUUUAUUUGCGAAGUAUGCAACAAAGGCUUUCCUCUGCAAGUGUCUCUAGAUCUCCACAUGAUCUCUCAUAAGGACAAUGAUGCUGAACCCCAGAAACAGGAAAAUGACACUAUUUUAGACACAGCCAAAGAUUCCGGAGAUUCCAAAGAGUCAGCACCACAGGAGGCCAGCGUGCCUUUAAAUGGGAAGAAAGGUUUUAUGGAGUGCAUUGGUCUUCAGCAUUCUUCAGUCGCUAAGGCUGAGAAGCCUGAAGAAGAGAAACAGCAAGAAAUUUUAGACAGCAUUCGUUUUAUUCGUGUCGAGCCCUCUGCAACAAAUCUACCUCAAGAGAAUAACAGUAGUCUUGGCCUCUGUCUUCUAGAUCCAAUCUCUCUUCAAGGCUUGAACAAGGGCAAUGGUCUCAGCGUUCUUUCACUGCAGCCACUUCAGGGAGGAUUGAUUGUCCGGCCUAUCAGUCAAGCAGGAGUAGAACUUGCUGACAUCCAGCAAAUCCUGAAAAUGACUGGUGCUAUGCCAUCUCCGAUGACUUUGCCACUGCUUCCAAAAGGACCUGAAAGUCCAGAACCUAAACAAGUUAUUCCUCUCAAACCCAAGCCUCUGGUGGCUCCCCGAUCGAACAUGGGAGCUUCCACGCCUCCGCCAGUCAUGAAUGCCCAGCAAGCCUCUUCAGGUUGCAUCAGCCCGAGCUUGCCACCCCCUGCAGCCCAACUUCUUAUUUCCAAACAGUCCUCAAACACCCCUUCUUCCUCAUCGUCUUCUUCUCCCACAAAUUGGGAGAACACACAUCUAGUGGGAGAUGGCCUAGGGCCAACAAUUAUGGCCAGUGGGGAUAUUAAGCAAGAAGAGGUCCAGGGUAAAGAGAAAGAUAUAAGAACCUCAGGUGGCAAGAAAAUCCCAAAGACAGAAUACCCAUGUCGGUUCUGUACACAAGUAUUCUCCUUUCCCGGAAGUCUCCAGACUCAUUUGCGGGCUCAUCACUACGGCGCUUCUCCGUAUAAGUGUACCAUUUGCACCUACACUGCUCCGGACAAUGGCACCUUAAUGCGCCAUUUACAAACCCACAGCGGUGAGCGACCCUAUGUCUGCCGUCUCUGUCACUACCCAUUCACAGUCAAGGCCAACUGUGAGCGUCAUCUGCGCAAAAAGCACAUGAAAAACAGUCGAAAAGACAUAGAGAAAAACAUUAAGCAUGUUCCUUCAUCUUCAAAUCCAGGCAGUUUAGGUGGUGGUACUACACAAGACCUCAUGGAUUCGGCUACUUUUGCUAACACAUCCUGUCGCUACUGUGGUGAGGACCUGAAGACCUACAGGGCUCUACAGAUUCAUCUCAGAACUCUUACUGGCUGUCAGAGGAAACCAUUCGAAUGUCGCCAGUGUGGAGCAGCCUUCCUUGCCAAGAGGAACUGCAUCCAUCACUUGCUUAAGCAACACUCAGAAGUCCAAGAGAGGGAAAUUGAAGAUCAUAUAAACACUCUUGUCCCUGUCACAUCUCCUUCUUCUGUUCAGACCAACUCUCCUGCUCAGUCUCAAUCAGAAAAACAGACCCUCAUUACCUUCUCUGAAGCUGCAGUUCAAGACCAGCCCUUGGAUUUCUCCAGCAAAACUUUGAAGUGUAUUAAUUCUGAUAUAAAACUAGACACGUCUUCUCCAUCCCUGUCGAAUGACUGCUCCAUGGAGCCUAUCGACCUGUCUAUUCGCAAGGACCCAAAAGCGAAGAAAAUAAAGACAGAACAAGUUGAUACGCCUUCGUUUUUUCGCCAGGAGAUCAAGAAAGAACUUCCUUCCCCAAGUACAGCCAAGCUUUUAGGAAAGGUCUCAGGGGUCCAUGCAUCUCUUCCAGCAUCUAUGCCUAGUUUUGCCUCUACUCUGACAAGUGAUAUGACCAAGCCCCCCAUGCGCCUAAAGCCACUGCUGCCGAAACCAGUCGCUUCCUCCAACUCGUCAGAGAUGCCCCCUCUGGCUUCCAUUGCGCAAAUCAUCUCCUCUGUGUCUGCUGCCCCAGUCCUGCUUAAAACAGGAAUCAACUCUGAAAAAGCUGAUGGAGUGAUGGGUGGUGAAACACUAAGUGAUAAAAAGUGUUCCAAUGGCACUGCUAAUCCUGGGUCCUCUUUCAAUUGUCCUUCCCUUGACGCAUCAAAGAGGAGAGGCAAGAAGAGGGCAUUCAAGGACGAAAUAUGUGAUUCCUCACAUGCUCCUAUCGGUGGGUUUGACUUAGAGUCCAGUGGAGAGUUACCAAGUGUGGAGAAAAUGCUGGCUACUACUGAUGCCAAUAAAUUUAGCUCUUACUUACAGCUGAGGCAAAUGGAGCCAGAAAAGGAGAAGCAGUCUGCAAGUGAAGAAGAGAAAGAAGGAAAGGAAGACAAAGAGAGGAUUCGACCACGAAGCAAAGGAAAGAAGAAUGCCUACUCGAACUCAGUGCAAAAGAUGAAAUGUCCGUACUGUCCUCGGGUGUUUCCUUGGACCAGUUCUUUACAAAGGCACAUGUUAACACAUACAGGCCAGAAGCCAUUUCCUUGUCCCCAGUGUGAUGCAUUUUUCUCCACCAAGUCCAACUGUGAGCGCCACCUUCUCCGAAAGCAUGGCAUAUCCAAUCGUAAUGCACUGCAGAACACUGGGUCACGCCCAAAAACCAAGGGGGAUGAUGGGUCACAAGGAAGUACAGAAGGUGGUUCUGAUGCUGAGUCUACUGUCCUGGUGGAUGCUGUCAAUCCCAUAAAAGAAGACAACACCACAACUAAUGACAUGGACUUCAUUGAACAGGAUAAAGACAGAGCGACAGAAUCACCAGAGUUGAUAAAAGAUCUAGAAAUCUUACAACCUGUCGAGGAUGGUCACAUGGACACAGACAGCAACGAGAAUGAUGAGGACUCUCAGAGCAACAAGAGCCUUGAUAUGAACGAUGCCAGCAAUCCAUUAGACGUCCCUCUCUCAGAAACUGAUCAGGAGCAGCCUGAAAUUACAGAACCUGCAGUGGAACCAGAGGUUCCUCCAACUGAGGAAUUUCCUCACACAUGCAAUACCUGCAAAAAGACCUUCCGGCAUGCGACCACACUUAGUCGGCACCAGAAGAUUCAUUCGCAGGACAACCAGAAUGAAGAGGGAGGAAGGAAAGGAAGAAAUCCGCCUGCUGUAUCCAUUCAGCCUCUUGACACUGGUGCCUCUCCAAUAAAGGAAGCAGAACAGGAGACCUGUUUGGUUGAGAAGGAAGAAAACAGCAGCAUUGCGGAAAGUGGUGCUGAGGAAGAGGAGAAGGAAGGACCGAAAGAUGAGAAAAAUGAAGAGGAAGAAGGUUGCUCUUCAGAGCUCGAAUCAGCAGGAGGUAGACCUGACAAGAGGAAGAAGAUCUGCAACGUGUGCAGCAAACGUUUUUGGAGCCUACAAGACUUGACCAGACAUAUGCGUUCACACACCGGAGAAAGACCUUAUCAGUGCCAAACAUGUGACCGGACCUUUACUCUAAAACACAGUCUGGUGAGGCAUCAGCGAAUUCACCAGAAAACCCCAGACGACCGAGGAGCAGAUGAAGCUGAUGGAGCAAGUGCUGUUGAUGGCGAAGAUCUGCGAUGUUCUUCAGGAAGUGACAGCGAGACUACUCCUGCCGAGAGCCAGACGUCUAAAAUGGAUGAUCCUGGAGUCAAAGUGGAGGAGGAAACAUCUACAGCAGAGGCUUCCAAAGAGCUUCAAACGAAGGAGCUUGAUAAAAUGGAUACAGAGUCCCCAGAACCCAAAGAUGAAGCAGAUCCCAGUCUUAAGGAUAAACAGGACGCUGCAGACAAACCUGUUGUCUAAGACGUGUCGAUUCUGUUAAUCCUGUGCCAUACUUCCAUGAUCUUACACAAACACUAAAAGACAACGCAUAAUCUGGUGUCUUCAUGCCGACGCUAUAAUGCGUGCGAAAUGCAAAACUGGAAACUUUCUCUCAAUGCCUUAAUGAUUCUUUUGUUCCCCCAGAGAUUUGGAUCCACUGCACAGUAUCAUUUUUAAUCAAAUGUAUAUGAUUGUGUGUGUGUUUUUUAUUUUAUUUUAUUAAUUCUAUAAUCCUUAUAUUAAAAAGAAAUUAGUGUUUUGUAUGAUAAAGUCGAUGAUUUAUAUUAACACCGUUAUACGUAUUAUUCUUAAAUCAAUUCCACUUUGUUUUUAGUCUUCUCGAUGAGUUUUGCUCAAGUGCCUCAGAGCAUAUCUCUCUGAAUCCUUGUUCCGAAUAGGCUUUAUUUUAGGUUUCGGAGGCGUCGUCGUUGGUUGCCCCACUUAGUGGCAGUUUGGGUGAUCAUUGGUCAAUGUUUUUGGCAAUAUUUGCCAGUUUUUUGUACAUUUUCUUCUCUAUGGAAGCUCACUGGUCAACCAUGCUCUUCGGCCUUGUGGUGUGUUGAACAUAGAUCGUAACAGAUGGUUGAGACAGCGCCCCCUGGUGGUUUGGGGUGUAAAGCCUGACAUUCAGACACUGCCUUUGGGCAAAAUCUUGUAUAAAAUACUCUUGGUUUAAAAAAUUGGAAAGUACGGAAGCAUUUCCUGCUAAGUAGAAUACGGAUCCAUAUGGUCCACUAACUUUGUGUCGAUGCACUCGGUGGAUCCACUGUUGAGUUUCCUGUUUUGUUUCAGACCUGAGCACAAUUGAAAUCAAGCCAAGGUUUUAUACACGAUGCAUCAAGACAUAAGUGUGCUUCGCAGCGCACGAUUCGUUCAACCCCAAUGUGAAUCGGUCUAAUGUAUGUUUAAGCGCAGUGAUGUUUGUGCUGUGGGUUUUAUACUUGAAAUCGCCCUGCUGUUUGCCUCGACUUGUACAACUGUGCUGUUCACACUGCCUCUAACUUUUCAUAAUGGUCUCGUUAGUAGCUCUGCAGUUAGCGGAUCUAACCUCUUAAACCUCUGAUUAGCCGAAUGAAGUUAAUCGUUAAGACGAUCAGCAAUGAACCGCUGCAUUUCCGAGCCAAAAACUAUGCAAUAGACAGUGUGCUGAUAAUCGCUAACUCGACAUAUCGCAAUAUUGGUAUUUGGGCACUUAAGAAUAGGAUUCCUAAUGUGGCCUUAAAAAAAAAAGCAUAUUUGUGCAGCAAAUGUGCCUUAUUGAUAAAGUUUUUGAUCAAUUUUAUUUUUCAGCACAUGCCUUAUAUAUGAACAAUAACAGAGUUCAAUGUCUUUACAUCUUUACACAUCAGCUGUAACCUUCAAAGGCCAAACUGUUCAUUUAUUUAAAAAAAAACAAACAAAAAAAACAAAAAAAAAACAAGAGGUUUUACCAACCAGGAUUCAAUGAACAGGAUUGGUGAAAUUUGCGGAAAAACAAAUCAUUUUUCUACUAUGGUGCGUUUGAGAAAUGUGUGUGCUUGCUUGUAGUGUAUAGUGUGUAUGCGCAGGUCUAUCAAAGAUAAGGAGAACACACUGAAUAUUUUAUGUAUUUAUUGAUACGAGUGAUCGGAACUAACAUGGACUCCCGCAUGGACGCCGAGGAGAAGCGGAAACAAUGACUGUAGCGCUGAACAAUCUUGAAGUUCUUUAUAUUAUCACUUAUUUUAUGGUUAUGAUUAUCAUGCCUUGAGCUAUUUGCCAUAGAUUGUUUUAUUAAUGUCUUGUUUGUGUUGUUUUAUUUUUUGUUUUGUUUUUUUGUUAGCAUUAAUUCAGUUUAAUCAGCCCCCACGAAUACACACGUGCAUUAACUAAAUAUAUAAUAAUAAUAAUUGAAGCCCGAGCUUGAAUUAGCAGUAGGCAUUUAUUUUGCAUGUCUUAUUAAAAUGGGUGGUUACCAAUUCUUCUCUUUCUCAGGGGCUUUUCAAAUUAUGCAUACUUAAACCAUGCGUUUUUGUGGGGGAAAAAAACAAUUAAAAAAAAAAAUAAAAAUCUCUUGUUUCUGCAGCAAGCUAGAGCAAUCACUACAGUUUCAGCAUAUGCAUACAGUAUAAAUGUGAAUUCACCUUGUUCAUCGUCUUUUGUCCUCUGUAAUUCCGCAUGUUUCACCGGUUUGUGUUGAUCACUGUAAAAACAGAUGCAUCUUUUAAAGGGAUUGCACAAGUUUGUCUCUCAUGUUCAGUUUUAGAAAGGAACUUUUUGUUGAUUUUGUUUUGUUUCUGUUCACGAGUACUCAUUCAAACAAUAAAUAUACACUAAGAAAGAGUGAGAA